GUAAAUGUAUCAUAUAUAGGUAAGCGAAUUGAUAAUCUAUGUAAUUGAAGUUUGCAAGUCAUAGAAGUAAUAGAUAUUAAUAUUAUUUCUAUGGUGUAAGGCCAGCAAUUUGCGCAGAAAUCUGCAAACUAGGCCCUAUAGUGCCUCUAUGAUUAUGUGAGUAUAUAAUAUGGUUGGCAUUCUAUUUUCGUAGAUCCUUUUAUGGUUGACAGCUGUAUUUGUAUACUCUUUUGGAAAGUCUUUUCGACUCAAAGCAUAUGUUCAGCGUACGAAAUGUUGUUCACAUAUGCAUGCACUGACUCUAGUAUUGUGCUGUAGAUUUGCAGGUCUCAGUGCACGAGAUUUCACGCCAAUGUAUAAAUUUUAGCUAUAUCUAUAUUUAUGUGAUCGGAGUUAAGAUGGACUCAAGUGUGCGAUAGUUACACAAUGAUAAGAAAUUUGGGUAAUUCGACCAAAAGGUUAUAGGACGGGUACUUUUGUUGGGCUGUCCAUCUCGCAAAUUGUGAAUGAAUAGUAUGGACUUUGGAAUGCAUUGUUAGGUAUUGGAACGUCGGGCAAAGUCGUGCAAUUUUCGUCCAGUCUGGUAAUGUAGUAUUCGCCCCCUCCUCCCCCUAAUUUUGUGCAGGUAUACAUGGGUGCACCAUUAAUAUAUACUGGAGAUUUUGAUCCUGCUUGGGAAAUGCGUUUAAAAAAUUAAGCAUCUCUCAAUAUUCUCAAUUUUAUGUAAGAGAUGGUUUUUAGUCCAAUAAAGCUUCGCCUGGCGUCAUUAAACUUUGACUCGAAGGCUUUUCAACUAAAAUUGUGUCUUGUGCACUGUCACGCAGUUUGAAAGUGCACUGUCACGCAGUUUGAGAAAACCUGCCUCGAAAAGUAGUCCCCUUGCCUUGCCCUUGCCUUGCUUAUCAAAUUUCCCCAGAUGUGCUUCGUACGUCAUCAAGUAAUAGCUUUGGGUACAAGUACUCGCUCAAUACAAUAAAUGAACAAGAUUAAUCCUUACCAUUCUAGUUUAUAAUCAACAUUAUCCGCGGCUGACAUAAAUUAGAAAAAGUUGGUUUCAGGGACGUAACGACUGGGGGGGGGGGCUGGGGGGGGUGUGUAAAACGCCCCUCAACGUACUGUGAAACACAGGCAAUAAUCAGGUGAAAUUCAAGUUAAAAUUUUGACAUUUUUAGGUACAAUUUGGGUAAUAAAACCGAAUUAUUUUUGUGAAAUGAUAACCAUUUUUGUAAAACACAGUCAAUUUACAUCCAAUUUGUUUGCGAAUUUGCUUUAGAAAAGGCCAGAAAUGCAGUCCUAGAGCUUCAUAAAUGUAAAACAAUUUUGGGGGGAGGUCCCCAGACUCCACUUUUCUCCCGAAACUUAGUAUGACUGAGUGCAAAUCAAUCACAAAAAGCUUUAUCAUAAUUAUUACACUUCAGGUAAAUUUUUAACAUUGAAAUUCAAAUUUCAGGUAAAAUCCUCCGACAAAACUUCAGAUGCUUCGCUAAGUCCCUGGUUGGUUACUUGGUUUGGACUACGUGUGUUCACCACACUGUCACAGCUUGUUUACAAAUUAAAUUAGCACUCUGCAUGUAAACCCAAAAUAUUUCGAAUAGAGCAAAGAAAUUUAAACGAAAUGCAUUCGAAUUUACUGUUUUGAGACCCUGAGAUGCUUGAUUUGCAAGCGGUACAAAAAAUACCGUUUGUGUUCACAUGAAGCCGCCAUGCGCUCCGUUUUCAUCUCGUUCCGUUUAGAAACCGUGCUCAAAUUGUUACGGCAAAGCCAAAAGUGACGUUUUCAAACCGAAUUUCGCUCCCACGUAAUGUGAACGAGUAGUGGAACUGUGACUUCGACGCAAAAGAAAAUGCUACGAUACGUUACGAUACGGUAGAGUGGAAAACAGCCUAAAGACUUUGUACAUCGGUACCCUUGGCCUUAACAUAACACACGAUUUAAUAACAACUAUUUGUUUUGAUGCCUUUGAUGUAAUUAUUACUAUGAAUGUCCCGAAACUCAUUAAUAUUCUGUGCAAAUUGAUUUUGCCAAUGUGUUGUCACAUUGACAUAUGUACUCCGCGUCAUUAACAAAGGGCUCUUUCGAAAUUCAUGAACUGCCUCGUAUUUUAAACUACUUUGAUGUAAAAUGGCUUAUGACAUAGAUACGAGAUGAAUUUACUAGUAAAACGUUAAAAAGUAUGGCAUUUUGAAUUUUGCCUUUAAGCGAGCGAGUUUAUAAUCUUUUAUUGUUUCAUCUUUUAUUUAAAGAGCUAGCUGAGGCAAGCUGUGACUACAGACGGUUGAGUCUAUUUUUGCAGAUUUGAUCGAUUUAUUCCGUUAUCUCGGAGUCUAUAGAAAAGUUACAGUCUGCUGAUAAAAAUUAUCGAUUUUGGGCAGAAAGAAACAUUACAAAUUAUGAACUUUUUUCGGAGGUUGAGCACUUCUUCAAAGCGGAGACAAUCUGAGACAGGAGCUCAUUGUACACAGACGCAGAGUAAUGAAUUCGGUAAGUGCGUGAAUGUAGGGUUUUUUAAUAAUUUUUGAAAUUAUCUUUAAGAGUUAAGUCCUCAAGCAGCUCACAGUCGUAUGUGAGAGGAGUGCUUCCAGUUUGACUCUAUCAAACACCAAAGGUUUUCUUCAGGAGACUAGAGUGAAUUCGUAUCGCUUUAAUAAUAUAUUAAAUUUACAUUGUAGUAUUUUAUAAAAUGAUUAAAAUACUGUAAUAGACUCAACUAAUAGUCCUAUCAGUUCAAGACGUUUCUCCCUAGAGAUGCAGUAAGCCCCACUAGCUCUAUCACUUUAAUGAUCCAGAGUUUACUAUAGCAGAUAUAACUGCAGGAGUAGUACGAUAGCUUUUUGUAGAAUGUUAGUCACACGUUAUAUGUUUUUCAGGUAGUUAAGAGUACUACACUGGACCUCCGCGUUUGAGAUAUCUUUCCUCUUUUCCUCCUUGACCAAUAAGUUGUGACUUCAAGCUAGAACAGCCUAGAACUGAUAGAGUAAGGGUAACAUGUCAAGGGAUGACCCUUGCUGGGCCUGUAGAAAGAAUAGUUUAGAACUGGUAUAGAGCUAUCCAAUAUAAAGAAAGUUUAGUUUAGGUUUUCUUCUGUGGUGACACUGGAUCAAUAAGAGAUGAUCCCUAUACUGGACCUCUAGAAAGAACAGUUUAGAACUGAUGGAAUUAUCCAGUAUAAAGAAAGUUUGUUCAAUUUAGGUUUCCUCCUGUAGUAACACUGGUUCAAUAAGAAAUUAUCCUUACUGGAUUUCUAGGAAGAAUGGUUUAGAAGUGAUAGUUAUCCAGUAUAAAGAAAGCUUAUUCUUCAGUUGAAAGCACUUUAAUUGUUCAACAUAGACUCUUCUUUGUUUUUCACCAGAGGAUGUACAACAAAUACCUGAAGAUGGCCGGCUUCAGACGAGGUCAAGGGCACUCUCACUGGGCGCAGUGUUCUCAAGGAAUCGUUCCAGACAUCCUUCAUCAGAACACUAUACAACAGAUUUCUGGGUGAGAAAUUUUGCAGACAAAAGCCUAGUUUCAUGGCUCGAAUUCCGGGCUGCGUUUGUUUUGGACUACAAGAACAGAUUGGAGGAAUUCUCGGACACAGGACACUUGAGUUGUGUUCUUGAUGCAGCACGUGAUCAACUCUGUAAUAAGGAUUCUAUAGUGUAUAUUACUCGAUACAAGAAAUUUGUGGGCUCAGACACGAGGCCCGAUGCGGUAUGGAAUAAAAUUAAGGACGAAGUGACGAAAAGAUUUUUUGAAGAGGCUUUGGAAGAUUCCUUGUGUCUUUGAGUUGGUGGGAAGGUUUUUUUUGUAGGAAUUGAAGUGGGUUACACGCGUAACAAAGCUGCAGCAGACUUGUACCAAUGCUGUUCCAAUUACAACUUGUGAGCAGGAUGUAUUCGCACUGCUUGUUUACAGAUUGUUGACAAGUUGUCAACGGCUUGUUCACAACUUGUUGCAAGGUUUUUGAGCUCAACAGACUUGUUACAAGUUGUUCCAACAACUUCUUAUCGUCCUGUAAUUCAUCAACUUGUCAAGAUGCUGUGAGUGACAACUUUGUAGCAAUUUGAUAAAAUAACAGCACUGCUAAUGACUGCAUGGCCCGUGGGCGAAAUUACAUAAAUGAGAUAAACGAGCAAUGAAUAUAAUAAUAACAAUACAACAAAACAUAAAUUAUGAAUCAUUUAAUAGUAAUAUUUCUUAUAACAAAAAUUAAUAAAUAGAUUCAUUCAAAUAAGUUAAUCAUCAGUCAUUUAAAGAACUGCGCCAAUUGAGUGGCUUCUUUAGACAUCUCUUCUUCGCUGCGAAAUAUUUCUGCCCCAUCAACCACCGUCACACCAUUCAUAGUUUCACUUUCUUGUAUCUCGUCCUUGUCGUGUCUUUCCAGAACUUUGUAUACGUCAUCGUUGUCAUGGAAAUCGCCUUUUCGUCUGGGUAGAAUAUGCACAUGAACAUGUCGGACAGUCUGACCGGCAUCUGGCCCGUCUUGUAUCGCGACGGUCAAAGAACUCGCCUUAAAUUCCCGUUCAACGACACCGGAAAUUUUUUGGGUGCUCAAAAAUAAGUCUGCUACUUCGUCCUCUGUUAAAUCACAAAAUCGGUCUACAAUUCGUAGCGGUGCGACCAAGACAUGACCGGACACUACUGGUUUUCUGUUCACAAAGCCGUAGGAUAGUUUUGAGCGAAAAAACACCACAGAAGCUUUGAUAAUAUGCUGACCGAAGCGGAAGCUUGCUUCGGUCGCCAUAUUCGCCGAGGAAAGAAAGAA